UUUCCGAAGGCGUUCUGAUCCGUAAAACCUCUCACCGCCCCUAAAACCCUAAUACCCCUUUUUCUUCAAUCGCAUCCCAAACCCUGUCAUCAAGAAGUUUUAUCUGUUUCUAAGAUCCUGACGGGUUGCCCCGUUUCUAUCUUUCUUGGUUUUGCUCGCUUCUUCUUCUUCUUCUUCGGUGAUGGCUGCAAAAAUUCUUGCCAAUGUGCUUGUAAUGGGCUCGGCAAUAGUGGGCAGGGCUGUGCUCCGUGCAUACCGUCAGGCAAUCUCAAAUGCCUCAAAGAACGGUGUUGCUAACGAAGCAGUAAACAAUAUUAGAAGAGCUAGCAAAAUAAUGGCUGAACCAGAGGCGAGGCAGGUUCUAGGUGUCACGGAGCAUGCAUCAUGGGAGGAGAUCUUGCAGAGGUAUGACAACUUGUUCGAGCGGAAUGCCAAAAACGGAAGCUUUUAUCUUCAGUCAAAGGUCCAUAGAGCUAAAGAAGUCUUAGAAGGUGCUUAUGCAAAAAGGGCUCAGGGAACUCCUGAUGCGUAACUUGUAGGCUCACAAUAUUUUUUCGCUUCGGUUACAUUAUUCUCGGCAUUUAAUGUUAGGGCUGCUGCAGUAUUCUUUUGAUCUCCACACGGUAUGAAAAAUUGGCGGUUACCAAAUGUUCCUCUGCUUAUUUCGGUCUUAUUCUAUGUGAUGCUACUGUAUUCCUGUUGUAUAUGCUAUUAAACCUCUGGUUACACCGCCUAAAUAUAAUGUUUCAAUGUCAUCAGAAUCCCUUGUUUCAUGA